CACACCCCCCUAUCUCCUCUGCCCUGCCCCGCCCUGCCAUAUAUGCCUAUUAUCUCCAGAUUUACCAACGGAACUUUCCCCUUUUAUCUACUCCAUCCUGUGACCUGCUCUUCGCCUCUCUCUCUUUGGUAACCCUCUCUGUUUCCUUCCAAUUUUGCUCCCAACAGAGCUUCCUUAAUUGGGUAACUUCCUUUACUAGAUAUUUCUCAUUCCCUCUGCUCCAAAUCUAAAAUUAUUUCAUAAUCAUUUCUAGGUUUUUCUAGGGUUUUGCAACUCACCCUGUUUGCACCUGAAAAAGAGCUUAUUCACUGUAGAUAUGCUGUUUGGUUUACUUUUAGUUGUGGGUCUUUUGAAUAUAAUUAUUGUUCUUUUUUUAUAAUAUAGAUAUUUUCUUUGCUUUGCUACGGUUCAAAGCUUCUAGGGAGUUCCUUUCUACUUCAUUCUCAAAGUUUUUGGCCUUUUCUUCCUAUUUUUAAGUCCAAGAACUUUUUAUUCCUGUACUUUCAGGGUUUAGGGUUUUGUGCUCUCUGUUGCGUGUAUCUGCUAAUACCCACAUAAAGCCUCAACCUUUAAGCUUUCUCUUCGGUUUGAUACUAAACUCUUCCAAUUCUGCAAAACAGAGUCAUCUUCCAAAUUCCAGUUUUUUUUUCUUGGGUUUGUAAUUUUAGAUCUGUUUUUGAAAUGGUUUGUCUUCAAAAUUGAAAAUUGCCAAUCCAAUUUUGAGUUCUGUUAUCGGAAAUGUCUUCGUUCAUAAUCGGCGGAGGCCGGACCUAUUCUCUGGACCUGGAUAUUGUAAAAUCGCCGUCCACUUCAAGCAGAACCUCGCAAACAUCUUCGCCUUCUUCAACCCUCUCAGAAUCCAGCAAUUCUCCCCUCGCAAUCUCCACCCGAAAACCGCGAACCCCUCGAAAACGUCCUAAUCAGACCUACAACGAAGCUGCCGCUCUCCUCUCCACUGCCUACCCCAAUGUAUUUCCCACUAAAAUCCUCACUAAACCACAUAAAUUCACCAGCCCUCACGACAAUUUCUUCGAUGAAUCGUCCGAAUUGUUACUGCCUUUCCGCGUAAUUAGCGAUGACGGCUCCGGUUUCUUGCUCCCCAAUCAUCAGCCAACCCAAGAGAAACCCAAUUUCCUGAUCGAACCCAGUAAGGUUGUGAAUUCCUGCAGUGGAGAAGUCGAUUCAUGUGUAAGCUCGGCCAAUUUCUGCUCUGAAUUCAACGAAGAUUUCGAUGCAGAAUCAAUUCUGGAUGAAGAAAUUGAGGAGGGAAUCGAUAGCAUCAUGGGGAAUCUCAGCGUUGACAACGAAAAAGUGGAUGCAUCCAGCGGUGCCGCCUGGCAUGGAAAUCCGAUCGGAUUGGGAUUUGGCGGGAAAUUCGAAUUUCCGUUGAGGGGAGUUAGAGCUUGGAGACAUUCCGAUGAGGUUAACUGGUGGAACUUCCCCACCGUCGACGUGCGUCAAAUCUCCCCCAAAAUUACCAACAACGGCAAGGUUGAGAAGAAGAAGAAGAAAAGGGUAGUUGACAUAAAAGAUCCGGAAUUGCCCAAAGAAAACCCGAUUCAGAAUCCGAAGCCAAACGCCGGGUUGAAUUUGAAAUUGAAUUACAAUGAGGUGUUGAAUGCUUGGUCGGACCGCGGCUGCCCCUUCACCGAUGACGCCGACGCACCGGGGAGCGAUGUCUCUGCCAGGUUAGCCCAGAUCGAUUUGUUUAGUGACGGUGGAGGAGGAGGAGGAGGGGUGAGAGAGGCUAGCGUGUUGCGCUACAAGGAAAAACGGCGUACCCGCCUUUUCUCUAAGAAGAUCAGGUAUCAAGUCAGAAAAGUCAACGCUGAUCGACGGCCCAGAAUGAAGGUAACCCCACCAUCAACUUGUUUUUACUUUCGUCUCAUUGUUUCAUGAUUCGUUCAACUAAGUCCUUUAAAAUAAUUCAAUCUUUCGAUUUUGUCCUUGGAAUUUUUUCAGUUUUCCCUUUGUGAGCGAUGAAUGUAUGAUGGAAAGUAACACCAUAAAGUAGUUAGUUGGUCACAUUUUUCUCGAACUAUUAUUAAUAUUUUGACCAUAUUUAUUAUUAAUAAAAAUACUUUUUUACCUGAUCUUUCGGGUUAAGUGGCUUUCGACUACUUUGAAGGUACAAUCCCCCUUCUUUCUGGUGGGUUCAAAAUUUUGAAUCCCACCUAUGAAACUUUGUUCAAAAAAUAAAAAAUAAAAAAAAAUAAAAAUACCUUUUUUAUAUGGUAGGUAAUACAGAUGGCAAGGGGAUUGUAUACUCUGUGAUCAGGUCCCCGUGGGUGCCCUACCCUUUAGUUAUGUUUAGAUAUGAUAGUGGGAUGGGUACAAAUAACAUAAUUAGAUACUUAAUCGGGUUUGGGUAGUAGCCUGUGGAUAUGCUAUCAUGCACACGAGGGUUAUUUCUGUUGUAUAGUUUUAUUAAUAGCAAAAAUGACAGCAUAUUAAUGAAGAAAAUACUCAAGUUUGUGUGACAAAAAUGAACACAACUGAUGGUUUUGGUAGGUAAUGUUGCAGGGGCGAUUUGUGAGGAGGCCAAAUUCUAGUGGAAGUGAUGAGAGCUGAAGACAUGCAAGGAGCAGGUUUUGAGCCCUUGCUUUAGAAUUUUUUUUUUUUUUCUCUUUGUUUUUAUUGGAACUACACUAGAAGCUGGGAGAUGAAGAGAAAAAGGCUAGCAAGGUUCUGUUAGAGAAACCCAUUCUGUAACAUUUUGUAAUUUAUUAUUAUUAUUUUUUUACGUUGAAUUAGAAGAUGCCUUAGAAACUGAUUAGCAGCACUUGCUUGCAUACAAACAAAUGAAGGCUUUCUUUUAUACAAUUGUUUACACAAUCGAAUUCCCAUAAUUU